CGCCAGAACGUGCCCCGAGGUAUCAAACAGUCGCUAACCAACCUCGGUCUCGACUACUUGGACAUGUACCUGGUACAUUCGCCCGAAUCCACCAAGCCCGAUAAUGUCUCAGUGGUGGACACCUGGUUGGGCAUGAAUGACGUGCUGAAGGCAAACCUCACCCGCUCUAUAGGUGUGUCCAACUUUGAUGUGAAACAAUUGGAGGCACUGGUAGGCAAGGGUGCGGUUCCGGUCACUAAUCAGUGCAUUAGUAACCCCUAUAGGACUCAGAAUGAGUUGUUGUCGUAUUUGCAAAAACACAACAUAACUUUGACGGCGUAUUCACCGCUGGGCGGCAUCACUGACCCGGAUCUGCUCAAAGAGGCCAAACUCAUUGAGAUCGCCGCCAAACAUAAGGUGAGUGCGGGUCAGGUGGCGCUCAGAUAUCAGGUGCAAAGGGGUGUCAUUGUUAUACCCAAAGCCAAUAAUCCGAAGUAUAUUCAAGAAAAUUUGGAUUUGUUUUCGUGGAAACUCACGGAUCAGGAGUUUAAUGAUGUCGAGGCUUUGAAUCGACAUUAA